AUGUUGGGUAUUAUGUUGGUUUCUCAAAUUUUAACUGGUUAUUUUAAAAACUUUUCAUUAUUCUGCUAUGGGAUUUGGUUAAGUGGAGUUAUUAUUUAUUUAAAGAAAAUAGGUAUUGCUUUUACCGGGUAUGUUCUGGUUUCAGGCCAGAUGAGAUAUUGUGCGGCUGAUGUGAUUACUAGUUUAAUAAUUUCUAUUUCUUAUUUAGUUACUCUAGAUUAUUUUGUCAUGAUGAUUAUGAUAAGAUUACUUUUUUCCGAGAUUUUGAUUAAAGGAUUGUUUGGAUCUUUUAUUAUAUUUUCUUUUAUUUUUAGUUGCUUUUUUUAUUCUUUUAGAUUAAGAGAUCCUAUAAUUUUUGUCGAGUGUGAUGUUUUGGCGAGGCCCGCGCAUGUUGUUCCUGACGUUUUGAUAAUUUAUUUUUUUUCCUCUUCUUUAUUUUUGUUCAGACUACCAGUUUUUAAUUUUAUUUCAGCCAUGUUUUUAGAGAUUUUUUCUUUCGUAUUCAUCUCACAGAUGAUGAUGCUGAGUAUAAGACGAAGCAAUGGUCUGGCAUGGAAGAGGAGUUCACUGCAUGGUUAG